AUGCGAACUUUAAGCGCCAAGGUGCGGUUUGUGGUAUUGCUCCUGUCUUGUCUGGUGCCUGAUGCGCGACAGUUGGCGACGACGGCCAGGCUCAACGCCGAGCGUCUGGCUGGAUCCGGAGGAGUCGUGAGAAUUGGUCAUCUUCAGCCAAACAAUCCCAACAUUGCACAUGAGCCGGAGAUUCUCAAAAUGUGUGCCAAAGAUUUGAAGGAGAGGAAGAUCCUUCCGAUCAACUACACUUUGACGGUCAUGACAAUGGAAAGCUGCAACAAGUUCUCUGGAGUUGAGCAUGCUGCUUACUUACAUUACAUGAAGAAUGCUACCAUUUACUUUGGCCCAGGAUGUAAUAACGAAAUGUUAGUUAUUGGAAAGCUAGCACCAAGAUGGAAUGUCCCCAUCAUUGCGCACAUGUCUGGAGAUGAUGCCCUUAGCGAUCGUUCCGUUUUUCCCACUCUUGGAUCCGUAGCUCUAACGUCGGCCAGCGAGAUGGCUCGUGCUACUCUGACAUAUCUGCAGUUGAACAACUGGGAUCAGGUCGGCUUCGUUCGCGCCUCAGUUAACUUCGAACGACUAUCAAUGCACUCAUUAUUACAUUUGCUCAAGAAACGCGAUGUUAAAGUGAACGUUCAAAUUGAAUUUGAUCCAUUCGCUUCUGUCGAGGAGAUCGUCUCUUCUGGAGGGCUGAAACAACUCCGAAACAAUGCAAGAAUUAUAAUCGUCGAAAUGGGAAUGGACAUCAAUUCCGCUACUAAUUUCAUGCUAGCUGUUCACCGCAGUCAGAUGAAAUCUGAUGAAUUUGUCUACAUUAUUCCUUGGCUAGCACAUUUGGAAGAUCACUAUCCAUGGGAGGCGACCAACGUUGACAAGCAAGAGGUGAAGGCAGCGUUUGAGAACGUGAUCAUCAUCACUGCACAUGGAUACGACAGAAAGUUCUUCGAAGAGUUCCAAACCAAAUUUAGUCAGGCAACAGGAAUGCUUAGCAGCCAUUACGCCACUUUGGCGUACAUGUCUCUCUAUGACGCCUUGUUCCUGUACGGUCUGGCGCUGCGCGAUGCUUACGAGGAAAUUGGAGGAUAUGAUGUGCACCACAACGGAUCCUUUAUUUGGUCGAAAAUGACGAAUAGGCAAUUUAUCGGAGCUACUGGCCAAGUUCUGAUGAAUAACCGAGCUAUUCGCGUACCCAGCUACGCUACCUACCACACCACCAACGGUACCCUGCGAAUCGUCGUCGAACUAGAAGCGAAGAAUGUUGAAAGAGCAGAGUGUGACAGGAAUCCCGAGCAGUGCUCUGAGCAUGUGGCCCAUGAAGUCAUUCAGUCUUACUGGUCCUCUCCAAGCGGGCAACUGCCAAAAGCUGUACCUUCUUGUGGAUUCACAGGAUCAUUAUGCGAUUACACCACGUACUUCGUGCUCCUUGGUGUAGCUGCUUUUCUGCUUACCAUCGCACCAUUGUCUUACUUUGUUUACGUUAAACAAAAAGAACGGUUACUGUAUGAUAUGACAUGGCGCAUACCUAGAGACAGCGUGCGACUUUUGGAUAGCAGUAAAUCGAGAUCGGAGCAUUCACUUGCUAGCAAAUCUCAAAGUUCUGGAUCUUUUUCUGGAAGUAUGGGAUCAAAGAACGUAGUUUCGGCUAAGCAAGCGACAUCGAAUGGAGUGCGAUUGGCAAUGAAGCGAUUUCAGCAAAUAAGAAACAUUACAUUCCCGAAAGCAGAACUAAAACUUCUAAAAGAGCUCAAACUAACGGAGAAUGAAAAUCUCAACAAAUUCUAUGGUAUCUGCUUCAAUCAGCAGAAUGAGUUCAUCGUUUUGUGGGUGUUCUGCACUCGCGGAAGUCUCGAGGAUAUCCUCUUCAACGAGGAGCUAAAGCUUGGACGAAACUUUCAAGUUGCCUUUGCCAAGGAUGUUGUAAAGGGGCUCUCUUUCUUGCAUAGCUCUCCUCUGCUCAUCCAUGGAAUGUUAUGUCUGCAAAACUGUCUUGUUGACUCGAAUUGGACCGUGAAACUGACCAAUUUUGGCACAGAAUCGAUCAUCUCGGAGAAACUGUACCACAAUGAGAUCAAGCUCAUCGUAGAUGAGGGCGAAGAUGAAGCAGAUCGUCUGGCAGACAGAAAAUAUGUACAACAAGCACCAGAAAUUAUCCGAGAAUUGGUUACGCGGAAAACCCUACCACCAGGCUCUCAACCUGCAGAUAUCUACUCACUCGGGAUGGUGCUAUACCAAAUUUUGUUCCGAGUCCAGCCCUUCCACGAAAGAGGCAAAAGCAUAGCCAAACUGAUGGAGAUGAUAUCUAUGUCAAAUGAUGACGACCAGCUAAUCAGGCCGACAUUUCCUUCAUCACAAGGGACGGAAAGUUAUAAUCUACAACUUUUAUCUUGUAUAGAGGCAUGCUGGCUGGAACUUCCAGAAAUGCGACCUCAUAUCAAAAAGGUUCGCACCAUGGUUAAUGCUAAUCUCCGCUCAACUGGAAAGGGAUCACUUGUUGAUCAAAUGAUGAAAAUGAUGGAGGAGUACACAAGCAAUCUCGAAAACAUGGUCCGUGAUCGUACAGCUUUGCUCGAAGAGGCACAAAAACAAGCAGAUCGUCUUCUAAACAGCAUGCUUCCCAAGAGUAUCGCCGAAGAUCUUAAAGUGGGCAAGCCAGUUUUACCUCAACUGUAUCAAUGCGCAACCGUUCUUUUCUCUGAUAUUCGAGGGUUCACAAAAAUAUCGUCUACAUCAACGCCUCUGCAAAUUGUCACAUUUCUCAAUGAUAUGUUCUCUGGUUUCGAUGCAAUUAUCGCCAAGCAUGAUGCCUACAAGGUCGAAACCAUUGGUGACGCUUACAUGAUCGUCUCUGGAGUUCCUAACGAAAAUGGAAACAAUCACGUACAGCAUAUUGCUGAUAUUGCUUUGAAAAUGAGAGCGUUUAUUUCCAAUUUCAAACUCGCUCAUCGACCUGAAGAAGUUAUGAUGGUGCGUAUAGGUUUCCACAGCGGAAGUGUGGCCGCUGGAGUUGUUGGUCUGGCCGCUCCGAGGUACUGUCUAUUUGGUGACACGGUCAACAUGGCCUCGCGAAUGGAAAGCACUGGUGUGGCUAACAAAAUUCAGAUAUCCGAACAAGCACACGACCUUCUUCAUUGCUUCUUCCAACAGUUUAUAGUCGUCGAAAGGGGGAAGAUUGAAGUCAAGUCUUCGUUGAAUUAUAUGUUAUCAAAUAAUGCUCCCUUGAUGGCUCCAGCCGAAUCUGGUAUUCCAGUCUUCGCUGGCAUCCAUACGAGAUGA